UAAGUCUAUAACGCAUGGGUGGCUGUGAAAAAUAAAAGCCAUGACAAUUGUUUUUAUUAUUGCAACUUUGUUAGACUUAUCGCGGUACAGUGUGAGAAAUAUUGUUAGAAGAUAUAACGUAACUGGUUCAGUUAAUAUUCAGCCACGAUAUGUGAAAAAAAAUAAUAUCACAAAUGCCGACCGAAGAGCAUUAAGAAGAAUAAUCGUGAAAAACAGGCGUUCCAAUUAUGUACAAUUAAGUGUUCUGUGGAGUGACGCUGUUGGAAGGAGAAUUUCGAGGUCCACAACUCAUAGAGAGGCCCACAAACUGGGAUUUAGCACUUGCAAGGUACGCGAAGAUUUGAUAUGGUGCGCAUAUAUGACUUGAUGUAUCAGGCUAGCGUGUGUCUCAACAACUACUAUGGAUUAAUGAUCCUGUUGGUCCUUCUAGGUUGUCUCCUGCAUCUGCUGGUCACACCAUACGAUUUGUACUUGGCCUUUCUCGAGAAAAAUUGGAGUAACACUUUCAUAUUUCUACAGUCUAUAUGGACGUUUGGACACAUUAUGAGACUCUUUUUGAUAGUCCAACCCUGCGAACAGAUUGGCAAUAGGCUGGAGAAACUUUCAUCAAUAAUAAUCCGGGUACUGUGGUCGGAGCAUCGGAUUGACGUCAAUCAGCUAGGAGUUUUAACCAUGCAAAUGCUUCAUUGCCCAAUCAGGUUCACUGCAGCUGGAUUGACAAAAAUCAACAGAAGCCUUAUCACUUCAAUUGUAGCUGGUGUGUCUACAUAUUUGGUUAUUUUAUUCCAGUUCAACAAUACAGAAAAAUGAGCAGUGGUAACCUAGAGUAUUGUAAAAAAACGUUGUUUUUACUAUUCAAAGUCUAAUGUAUUUCUAUUACACUAAUUUACAACAAUUGGCAAAUUCAUAGCUGAUUAUCCCUCUGGUGAUCGAUCGACGUUUCUCGUUCGCUCUCGAUGUCGACUGAUCUCCAUGACUAUACCACUCUUGAGGCACGGUGACGUAAUACUGGUUGCCUAAGCGGCGAUAUUCCAAAGACUGAAGGUCUCGGUUACCAAAACGUUACAGUAUUCUUCAUCAUAACUUUACAGUUGGAGCUAAUAUUUAAAAAAAAGAUCUUAACAUGCUGAAUGUACAACUCGUAAUAAUAAAUGUAUAGAAUACUUGUAGUGGCAUAUUUUUCAUAAAAAUAUCAUUUUGACGGAAUAUUAAAAGUUCACCUCCAAAAGGUGCCAAUCCAAGUGCUGAGCUUGUCCUGACAAUUCGAACGUAAUUUCUAGAGGGAAGUAAUAAGAUCUUUAGCGCGUUGUACACAGAAUGUGACCCUACUUCUGCCAUGGAGGUUGACUACUGUCAGCCGUGAGGAAAAUAACCUUAACUAUCUUAUUCACACAACUUGACAUGGAAUGUCACACUCUGCUGAUAUCUGGAAUAGAUAUCAAAUCCGAAUCCCUGAAAAAAUAAAGUCUCUGAAACGUCAAAAAACGAAAUUUGAGUGACUUUUAAUUCGUUUUUUACCCAUUCGCCGUCACUGGGCCGAUUUUCAAAGAUUAUAAAGCUUUCUCCACCUUGGCGUAAUAGUCACCUUGUGUUAACAAUUUAUCAAAAUCUGAGCGGUACUUUCCAAUCUAUAAACGGGCCAAGGAUUGGACAGAGAGACAGGCCGAUGGUUUUUCGUGAUGUACACAUCAUACAACGUCCAAAAAACAUAAUAUCUCAUUUUCGAAAAGACGAGAGAUAAGCCACAACGUCUGUGCAACAAAGAAGUUGCAAACAAUCUAUGUGUAUUUCAGUUAAUGAUAAAUGUAUGGUGGAGAACUACACCCUUCAACUUAGAUUGCUGUAGCCUAUUCCAAUAAUAAAAACUUUUUUUCUCAAAAACGUUUUUUAAUCCAUAUUUUUGAUGGGAAAAGACAAGGAUUUGAACGUAUUUCCACCUGGUUCGUAGUAGUAACAGCAUGAAGUUUCUAUGGGUGCUUGCGUCGAUUGGUC